CUCGACGAAGUUCUCCGGCAAGGGAACGUGACCACGGACUACCCGGUGGCCGAGACCAUCGUGAUGGUUGGCUUCUUGAUGACGGUCUUUGUGGAGCAGCUCGUCUUGACGUUCCAGAAGGAAAAACCCUCCUUCAUCGACCUGGAGACCUUCAACGCCGGGUCGGACGUCGGGAGCGACUCUGAGUACGAGAGUCCCUUCAUCGCGUCGUCCCGUGGGCGCGCGGCCUACGGCCAACACGGCCACCACCCCCACGGCCUGAAUAUCCAGGAGCUCUCCCGCUCCGGCCCUUUCCGGCUCCUGGGGCUGGUGUUUGCCCUGUGCACGCACUCCCUCUUCGAGGGGCUGGCCCUGGGCUUGCAGGAGGAGGGCGGCAAAGUCGUGAGCCUCUUCCUAGGAGUUGCCAUUCACGAGACGCUGGUGGCCGUGGCGCUGGGCAUCAGCAUGGCCAAGGCCUCGUUGCCGCUGAAGGACGCCGCCAAGCUGGCUGCGACCCUGAGCCUGAUGAUCCCGCUGGGCAUCAGCGUUGGGAUGGGGAUCGAGAGCACCCGGAACGCGGCCGGCGGCGUCGCUUCCCUGCUCCUCCAGGGCGUCGCGGGGGGCACCUUCCUCUUCAUCACCUUCUUCGAGAUCCUCGCGAAGGAGUUGGAAGACAAGGCCGACCGUCUCCUGAAGGUUCUCUUCCUGGUGCUGGGCUACGCGGCUCUGGCUGGGCUGGUUUUCCUCAAGUGGUGA